CACCGGGCGCCGCCCGCCCCGCAUCCCGCCCGCCCCGCAUCCCGCCGCGCCGCGCCGCCGGCCCCAAAUGGAUUAUCUGCGGCUGGUGCUCUCCUGCCUCGUCCCCCUGCACGGCUGCCUGGCUGCCGGCAGCGCCCCAGAGCUCCUUCUGUCCGGCAAACUCCGCGAGUAUGGUGUGAUCGUGCCCUUCAGCGCCGAUUGCCGGGGUCGCUUCCUCUCGCACGUGGUGUCCGGCGAGGCGGUGGCGGGGAUCGGCGAAACCGCUUGUCCCCCGUCCCGCCGCGUCCCCCGCAGCCCCCUGGAUGAACCCCGCCAAGGCCGCGGGGCCGGCGGCCGCUUGCUCUACUUCAACGUCACCGUUUUCGGGAAGGAGCUGCACCUCCGGCUGAGGCCCAACCGCUGGCUGGUGCCGCCGGGCGCCGUGGCCGAAUGGCAGGAGGAUUUCGAGGUGCUUUUCCGGGAACCUCUCCAACGGCGGUGCCUCUUCACCGGCGACAUCUCCGGCAUGCCUGGAGCCGCUGUGGCCAUCAGCAACUGCGACGGACUGGCUGGCCUGAUUCGGACAGACAGCAACGAGUUCUUCAUCGAGCCCCUGGAGAGGGGGCAGCAGGAGAUGGAGGAGCACGGGAGGGCCCAUGUGGUGUACCGCCGGUCGGCCAUCCGGCAGGAUGGCGCUGAGCCCCGCCAGGACCUCCACCCCGAAGUGCCCGGCGUGCGGGUGGGCGAUCUCCCCAACUCCCUGGAGCUGAUGACGGAGCAGCUGGGGGACGCGGAGCGCAAGAGACGCCACGCCAGGAAGGAUGACUACAACAUCGAGGUCUUGCUGGCGGUGGACGACUCGGUCGUACGCUUCCACGGGAAGGAGCAUGUCCAGAACUACGUCCUCACCCUCAUGAACAUAGGUAGGUAUUGUUGCCUGGGGGUGCAUGGUUUGGGGCAGGGAGCUCUCCUCAGACCAGGGGACUGUUUGCAGGCACCACUGGUGGGAAGAGACAUUGCAGAGAGGAGGGCUUGCCUGGUGGAUGAAAUUUAUCACGACGAGUCCCUGGGCGUUCACAUCAACAUCGUGCUGGUCAGGAUGAUCAUGGUGGGAUACCGCCAGUCAGUCAGCCUGAUAGAACGAGGGAACCCGUCUCGGAGCUUGGAGCAGGUCUGCCGCUGGGCUCACUCGCAGCAGCGCUCCGACCCGGAGCACGCCGAGUACCACGACCACGCUGUAUUCCUCACCAGGCAAGAUUUUGGUCCCGCAGGUAUGCAAGGCUACGCGCCAGUGACGGGGAUGUGCCACCCGCUCCGAAGCUGCACCCUCAACCACGAAGAUGGCUUCUCCUCGGCCUUUGUUGUGGCCCACGAGACUGGCCACGUGUUAGGCAUGGAGCACGACGGCCAGGGCAACCGCUGCGCCGAUGAGACCAGCAUGGGGAGCAUCAUGGCACCGCUGGUCCAGGCCGCCUUCCACCGCUACCACUGGUCCCGCUGCAGCAAGCAGGAGCUCAACCGCUACAUUCACUCCUACGACUGCCUGCUGGAUGACCCCUUUGAGCACCAGUGGCCCACGUUACCCGAGCUGCCGGGCAUUAACUACUCCAUGGACGAGCAGUGCCGCUUCGACUUCGGGGUGGGCUACAAAACGUGCACGGCGUUCCGCACCUUCGACCCCUGCAAGCAGCUGUGGUGCAGCCACCCGGACAACCCCUACUUCUGCAAGACCAAGAAGGGGCCACCCUUGGAUGGGACCGAGUGCUCUCCAGGCAAGUGGUGCUUCAAAGGUCACUGCAUCUGGAAGACGUCGGAGCAGCCUUACAGCCAGGACGGCAGCUGGAGCUCCUGGUCUAAAUUUGGCUCCUGCUCCAGGACCUGCGGGGGAGGCGUGCGCUCGCGCAGCCGGAGCUGCGACAACCCGCCCCCGGCGUACGGCGGGCGGCACUGCCCUGGAGCCACCUAUGAGUACCAAGUGUGCAACACCGAGGAGUGCCCGGGGCCCUACCAGGAUUUCCGUGCCCAGCAGUGCUCCAAGCGCAACUCCUACUACACUCACCAGAACAGCAAGCACUCCUGGCUUCCCUACGAGCAUCACGACGAUGCUCAGAAGUGUGAGCUGAUCUGCCGGUCCGAGGGAACGGGGGACGUGGUGUUCAUGAAUCAGGUUGUCCACGACGGUACCCGGUGCAGCUACCGAGACCUCUACAGCGUCUGCGUCCGGGGCGAGUGCGUGCACGUCGGCUGUGACAAGGAGGUCGGCUCCCUGAAGCAGGAUGACAAGUGUGGGGUCUGCGGGGGGGACAACUCCCACUGCCGGACGGUGAAGGGCACGCUGGCCAAGACCCCCAAGCAGCUGGCAGGUGUUUUGAAGAUGUUUGAGAUUCCAGCGGGGGCGAGGCACCUUCAGAUAGAAGAGGUGGAGCCGGCCUCCCACAGCAUCGCUGUUAAGAAUCAAGCCACGGGUAACUUCAUCCUUAACGCCAAGGGCAGAGAAGCCAAAAGCCAAGUGUUCAUUGAGAUGGGCUUGGAGUGGGAAUACACCGUUGAACAUGGCAAGGAGAGCCUGAAAACCAGCGGUCCUCUGCACGAGGCCAUCAGCGUUUUGGUCAUCCCUCAGGAGGAGGAGGCGAGGAGCAGCCUGAUGUACCGCUACAUCAUCCACGAAGACCUGCUGCCCGUGAUCGGAAAUAACAACGUCCUGCUCGAGGAGAUGGAUUCCUACGAGUGGGCCCUCAAGAGCUGGUCUCAGUGCUCCAAGGCGUGCGGAGGAGGUAGCUUUCCCUUCAUAGCAGCUGACAGCGUGUGCUUGGGAGGAUGCUUGGGCAUCCAGUAUACCAAGUACGGCUGCCGGCGGAAAAGCGACAACCGGAUGGUGCAUAGAAACUUCUGCGACAACGGCAAGAAGCCGAAGCCGAUCCGGCGGCGCUGUAACCUCCAGGAGUGCUCCCAGCCAGCCUGGGUGGCCGAGGAGUGGGGUGCCUGCAGCAGGUCCUGCGGCAAGCUGGGGGUGCAGGCGCGGGCGGUGCAGUGCGUGCAGCGCCUGCGGGACGGCACCAACCGCACCCUGCACACCAAGUACUGCCCUGGGCAGCGGCCCGAGACGCGCCGGCCCUGCAGCCGCCUGCCCUGCCCUGCACAGUGGAGGACGGGUGCCUGGUCGGAGUGCUCGGCGAGCUGCGGGGAAGGCGUCCAGCAGCGGCAGGUGGUGUGCAAGGGCGGCGAGAGCGGCGGGCACUGCGAGGGUGACAAGCCGGAGGCCGUCCAGGGCUGCCACGUGGCCCUCUGCCCGGGGAAGCUCUCCGGCGUCACCGCCGGCGCCGGGGACCACGGUGCACCCAAAGGGCAGCGGGUGCCCCAGGACGGGGCCAAAAACCCUGUUAGCAAGAUCUCCUCCAGGGAGCCUUGCCUCGGGGACAAAUCCAUCUUCUGCCAGAUGGAGGUCCUGGCUCGCUACUGCUCCAUCCCCGGCUACAACAAGCUCUGCUGCGAAUCCUGCGGCAAGAAAGCCUCCUCUGCCACCGGCUUGCCCCCCGCCACCAGCCCCAGUGCCCCCCCGGGAUCCGCCGCUCCCAGCCCCGCUCUGCCGCUCUCCCCCCGUCCCACUGCCCCUGCCCGGGGGGCACCCGGGGGGGACCCCACCCCGGCACCUCAGGCGGGUGGAGGGAUGCCUGGCAGCGGUGCUUUCCCUGGGGGGCUGCCAGCCCCCAGCGAGCUGGGCAGGGGCCAGGCAGCCAGGUAACCCACUCGGUUCCACCUUGCCGAGGGGCAGGGGAAGCCUUUCGCCUCCCUCCCUCCCUCUCUCUCCUCUCCCCCCUUUUUUUUCCUCUUCCCCCUCACCAUUUCCAGUGAUGGUUUUCACAGCUGGCGCUGCCAGGUUUGGAAACAACUUGGCUCACCCAGAAAUUCCCGGGAAAACCACUUUUUGUCUCAUGAUCCUCCCCCGGCCUUCCCAGCUGUGGCACGGUUGGGUUUUCUUUUUUUUUUUUUUUUUUUUUUUUU